AAUGACGCUGGCAGCCUCGUCCCAGCGCUCCCAAAUCAUCCGUUCCAAGUUCCGCUCUGUCCUGCAGCUUCGGAUCCACAGACGGAAUCAAGACUGCACCUCUGAUUCAGAUCCAUGGAUCUCGGCCUCAGGCCCGGCUCUGGCUCCAGCUUUGUCCCCUGUUCCUGCCUCUUUCCUUGUCAGCCCUGGCGUCUUGUCCCCUGAGCCAGCAUACUGUCCUUGGAGGGCUCCGAAGAAGGAAUCGCCCAAGAACUCCCAACAUUGGAAGGAGCCCAAGGUCAGGGGGAACUUGACAUAUCACCUGUACAUGCCUCCAGAACAGAGACAAGGGUCCAGGGCAGAUCUGCACGUGGAGAGGCCAACCCUGGGUCCCCCGGAACCACCUCUUUGGGAAAAGAAAAAUUCACAGAGACCACAUCCUCGGAUGAAGCCUUCCUCACCUAGAGUCUCCAGUCCCUCGCCCCCUUCACACAAGCUGGAACUUCAGACCCUUAAACUGGAAGAGCUGACGGUCUCAGAGCUUAGACAGCAGCUGCGCCUGCGGGGACUCCCGGUGUCCGGGACCAAAGCGAUGCUCCUGGAGCGCAUGCGUGGUGGCACCCCGCCCAGAGAACGGCCGAAGCCUCGGCGCGAGGACAAAGAGGCCGCUGCUCCCUGGCCGCGCCUCAAGCCCAAGGCGCUGGGAACUACCCGGCUACCCGGCUCGGUGAAGACAAGCGCGACAAAUCGUAGGCUGAAGUUUUCCGGAGCUACGGAUCCCCUGGGAGCAGCUCCUGUGCCCGCUCCCGUUCCUGCUCCCGCUCCCUCUCCAGCUUUGGCUCCAACUCCGACUCCAGCUCCAGUUCCAGCUCCAGCUCCCUUCCCGACACCUUCUCCAGCUAGCCUGACUCUGGAGGAGGAGCUGCAGGAAGCGAUCCGUAGAGCGCAGCUGCUUCCAAAUCGCGACAUCGAUGACAUCCUGGAAGACCAAGUGGAGCCAGAUGACCUGCUGCCUCCGGUGCCCUUGGACUUCCCUGGCUCAUUUGACCUGCUGUCUCCCUCCCCGGACUCGGAAGGCUUCUCUUCCGUCUUCUCUUCUUCACUACCGUCCCCCACAAGCUCCUUGUCCCCUUCUCCAAGGGCCCUCACCGAUUCCUUGGACUGGCUGGAGGCCUUGAGUGGGGGUCCACCAUUGGGCUCUGGGCCUCCAGGCCCCAGCAUCUUCUCUGCGGACCUAUCUGACCCCAGUGGCAGUCGGCUCUGGGAACUGCUGCCAGAUCCUUGGUGACAGACCCUUGGGUCUAAGGAGAGGUCAUCUGCACCCACAGGGACCCUCCAACUACAGAGGGCUCAAGAUGUCCUCGUCCCCUCCUGACUCACCGCUGCUGAUCUCUUGUGUGUCUGGACCUGCCUACCGGGCCUCCGUAUGACCCCUCCCUGGUCCAGUGGUUGGGGUUGGGGGUUCAUUUGCUACUGGCCAGUGCAAACAAGCUUGCUGCCUCCUUCAGAGACCUGCAGGUUGUGUGGCUGCCUGUCAUCUGGGGAUCUGGAACUUUGUGCUGUUUGAGUUCAGGAAAGGACCAGGUGAGAGUAGAAGGACCGCACCCCAAGUUCUAGAUAGAGGUGAGAGGACCAGAAGCUACUAGUGGGAGGUGACUACAAACUCCCCAUGACCUUGAACUUAUGAGCCCACCCCCACCUCAGUGUUGUGAUUAUAUCUAGCUUCCUUGGGUUUUUUUGUUGUUGUUGUUGUUUGUUUUCUUUUCUUUUGUUUUUGAGAGCAAGUGUUGCUAUGUAGUGCCAAGCCUGCCUCAAACUUGUGACAAUCCUCCUGGGUGCUGAGAUUACAGAGACGUGAGCCAUUAUACCCAGUUCUCAUGGUUUAUUGAAGAGCUUCCAGGAGCCAUGAGGUGGGAAGAGAGAUAAAAGGGGAGAGGAGAUAGAAUGCUUCUCAGGUGAGCCUCCGCCUCCACCUGCUGCUGGAAGGAUGUCUGUCUGAUGAAUUAAACUGUGGAUCUCCUGUGGCCUCAGGCUCAUGAGGCUGG